AAAAUGAGAGGGAAUUGACAUCGGAAAUCAGUCGAGUGAGCCUCUUCGACAGGACAACAGCAGUGAAGCACUUUGCAUUCCACUGUAUUCCCUAUCGUGUUUUCCGUUUGCAAUCAUGGCUAACUACGGCGUGUCGCUGCUGUUGGCUGUUGUCUCGUUGAUGGCUGGAUCGACCACGGGUGUACCGAUGGCUUCGGGGUACGGCUACACCACUCCGGCGCCGUAUUACACAACAACGUACGCUACACCAAGUUAUACCACCAAAGCACCGGAAUACUACACCGAAGCACCCAAGUACUACACCACCAAGGCUCCUGAGUACUACACCACUACGUAUGCUGCUCCCACUUACUACACCGAGGCGCCCAAGUACUACACAACCAAGGCUGCUGAGUACUACACCACUACUUAUGCUGCUCCAACUUACUACACCGAGGAGCCCAAGUACUACACAACUACUUAUGCUGCUCCCACUUACUACACAGAAGCGCCCAAGUACUACACCACUACGUAUGCUGCUCCCACUUACUACACCGAGGCUCCCAUGUACUACACCACUACCUACGCUACUCCGAGCUAUUACACAGAAGCCCCGAAGUACUACUCUGCUCCAAGCUACACAACCACAGCUGCUCCUUACUACACCACAACUGAAGCGGCCAAGUAUUACGUAGCCCCAAGUUACUACACUGAUGCUGCUCCGUCUUAUUAUGCUGAACCAACUUACUACACCGAAGCUCCUGUCUAUUACACUACAACUUACGCCACUCCAAGCUACUACACCACCAAGGCACCGGAGUACUACACCGAAAAGGCCGAAUACUACACAACAACGUACGCUGCUCCAUCUUACUACACUGAGGCUCCAAAGUAUUAUUCCGCUCCGAGUUAUUACACCGAGGCUCCAGUUUACUACACAACCAAGGCCCCCGAGUAUUACACUACAGCAUCGUACUACACCACAGCAUAUGCUGCUCCAACCUACUACACUGAAGCUCCCAAGUACUACUCAGCCCCUAGCUACUACCAGACUGAGGCUCCUCAAUACUACACCACUAAGGCAUCGGAGUACUACACCACAACCUACGCUGCCCCGUCCUACUACACCGAGGCUCCAGCUUAUUACAGCACCAAAGCUCAAGAAUAUUACACUACCACCUAUGCUGCGCCAACUUACUACACCGAGGCUCCUAAAUAUUACUCAGCUCCGAGUUACUACACCGAACCCCCGAAGUACUACACCACUAAAGCACCCGAAUACUACACCACAACCUACGCUGCCCCAGCUUACUACACCGAAGUUCCAAAGUAUUAUUAGCGAGAAUUGAUUCAACAUAAACUUUGUCUUGAAAUUUUAUUCUAUUCGUAGCUCAACAACGGGUGAAUUAUAGUUUAUCGAUAGUUUUCAGUGUUGAUUCAUUUACUAGUCAUUGUAAGUGGUUAUCUAUUCAUGAGAGCAAUAAAUAAUUAUUUAGUUAAC